AUGAUUUGCGAAUCUUCUGUGCCGAUUUUAGACUCGCAUCGUUCAUCUCUGAAUCCUAAACGGAACUGCUACAAUGAUCUCCCAGACGUCGAAGAAUCUGUACGCUCGAGUGAUUGUUUUGACGGGAAACCCUGUGAAGCUUUCACGAACAAAGCCCCGGAACGGAUAAAAGUUUGUGCGCUCUCGGGAGAGGAAGCUAUGAGCAUCGAUGGAAUAAGUGAUACCGGAGAAACUCCUGGGAAAUCUGCAACAUCGGACAAGAAUUCUAUGGAUGUUGUCAAGACUUACAGCUGCCACGGCUGUCGCUGGGUCUGGGUUAAAGCUGUUAUCAGGUGGAAGCGGGGAGCUGUGAGGAACAGAAUUGGUGAUUCGACACGUCGGGCUUGUCGACCCAGUGAAUGUAAUUGUUCUACAGCCUUCGAUAAGAACGACAGGUGCAGCUGUUCCUUGAAUGAACAAAAUACCACAGCUCAGGAGAGCACAAUACACCGUAAGGACAAUACAGAAAUGCACACUAGCAGUGUUGUAGGUGAAGCUAGCGGAAAUACUUCACUUGAUCAAGGAAAUUGUGAAGAUAUGAACGACGAUAUUUCGUGUGAACUUAUAUCAGAUGAUCAAGGAGAAGGAAGCUACAAUGAUGAUAAUUCUAACCAAGCAACUGGCUUGGUAAAUACGGAUGCCUGUAUCCAGACCGAGGUCGCAACUUCAUCAGACCCUGAUAUAUCGCUGGACACAAAUUGCCGUCGCAUUCUAUUUAAAUCUAGAGCUUGUUCGCUCUUCUCUAAUUUAGCAGAGCUAAAUUUCAUACAAAAGUUGCAGUGCAACGCCCCUGAAGAAAUAGUCGUACCCGGCUCAACAGGUCACGACAGUUCUGUGAGCACCAACGGAAGUUUUGGUCCAGUUCUGAAACGACGUCGCUCAAGUUCUAAUUUAACUUGUAAUCCCGUAUCGCGACUAAUGAACGCUCGCGCGGCUUCUACUGAUGUUUUACCCACCGUUUAUUGGACCAACUUGGUGACCAAAGAAGAAGUAGACAAGUUGACGCGCACGGCUGUUCCUGAACCUGCCCAACUGCACCCCGACUUCUUCUCAUUCAGUUUCUUCCCGCGCGUAUUGCCGGAGCCUUCAUCCCCCCUCGCCGUCAUCUCGAUGAUGACUCACCUGGGCAUCCCCCAGCGCUGGUCCAUCACCCCCAGCACCUUAGCCAGGUUCGUACUGAUGGUUCGCAAGGGGUACCGCGACCCCCCUUACCACAAUUGGGUGCACGCGUUUUCUGUCACCCACUUCGCCUUCCUCCUCAUCAACAACCUGAAGCUCUGCGAGAACGGCGUCAUCAGCCACAUGGAGGCCCUUGCACUCAUGGUGUCAUGUCUCUGCCACGACCUCGACCAUCGGGGCACCACAAACUCCUUCCAGGUUGAUUCCAACUCAGUGCUGGCGUCACUCUACUCCUCCGAAGGCUCGGUGAUGGAGCGUCACCACCUUGCACAAACAAUGUGUAUUCUCAACACAGAAAGCUGCAACAUCUUCGAGAAUCUUUCCAAAGAAGAGUACACGCAGUGUCUUGACCUUAUGAGGGACAUCAUACUUGGUGAGACGGUAAAAUACAUGGUAAUCUGCUUGCUUAUGACGUCGGCCGAUCUGUCCGACCAGACCAAGGAUUGGCAGUCGUCUAGAAGCGUGGCUAAGCUAAUAUACAAGGAGUUCUUCACACAAGGAGACCUCGAAAAAGCCAUGGGCAACAACCCGCUCGUAAUGAUGGACCGGGAGAAGGCUUUCAUUCCCGAGCUGCAGCUGAGCUUCCUUGACAACAUUGCCUUACCUGUAUACCAGCUUGUUGCGGAGUUGUUUCCUGAAGCAAGCGAGCCAUACGAGUCAGUGCUCGAGAGCAGACGGCGGUGGAUGGUUGUGCGCGACUCCCACACUCAUCGCAGAGGCUCAUACGCAAGUUCUCUGGAAAUCUUUGACGAAGAAUUCAACUUGGAUGAUGAUAUGAGUUCAGUGUAAAGUGGAGAAAACGGUCUUAGGGAAGAUUUUUUAAUGAAUCUGACUCGGUGUAGCUUAAUAGUGCUUUUCACCAUAAUAAAGAUGAUUAUAUUUAAUUAUAAGUAUUGGCAAGAUUGAUAUUUAUUAUAGCGAAUGGUGCUAGUGAAUAAAAGCCAUAUAUGCUGGUCAAGUUUGUCAAUUUAUAUAAGCUCUUAAUUUUUCUGUCUGCAAAAGGCGGACUAGCUGCCCUGUUUCAUCAAGAACAAUAAAUACCUUAUAAGAGAUGUCAGAACGUUAUUUGUCUCAAUGACGGGCACACGAGCGUAUUCAACAGAAGUAUUGAGAUUGAAGUUUAAGACGGUUAAGAGCAUCAAAUUUACGACGGCUAUUCGUCACAUGUCUCAAUAAUAAACAACUCAACAACCCCAAAUCGUCAACUGCCAAAAUUUGCCAGAAUUCAAUUGUAAAUCCAAAUUUUUUUAGCUAAACUAUUAACGCAAGAAUUUAAGCCCCGCAAUCGUGUUUCCUACUACUCUUUCGUGGAUUCUUUCUUUUUACUCUUUUUUUAUUUUUUAACAACUCAACAACACCAAAUCAUCAACUGCCAAAAUUUGCCACGAUUCAAUUGUAAAUCCUAUUUUUUUCAGCUAAACUAUUAAUGCAAGAAUUUAAGCCCCGCGAUCGUGUUUCCUAUACUACUUUUUCGCGACUGGGGUACUUUUUGACACCUUCCUGAUAAUUCCAUUUUACGUUCCGUAAGACUGUGUAAUUUUACACGUAGGUAUGAGAUAUUACCAUGUAAAACCGGAGUAUAAAGCAUAUGUAUACAGUAUAUCUAUCAUUACGCUGUAUCAAUCAUGUCAUGUAAAGUAAACACAAAUCAAGUCUUAUCUCGUCCAUAGUCGGGCAUUUAGCACAAGCAGCGAGGAUCAAAUAUGUGCCUGAAAUUUGCGCUUGAGUGAUGUAGGAUUUAUUUCUUUACUAUGGAUUCUUGGGCCACUUGGAGAAUAUAAAAGCUUUACACUGUUAGAAAAAUGACCGUUAACGGUAAUACCGGCGUUUCAGUGGCCG